UCUGCGCCCCGCACCGCGCCUAGGUCGGCCCUGAAUCUAGAAACUGAGCGCUACCAAAAGUCAUGAAUAAUUUGCACCUAAUAAAAAAAAUAGGGUUCGUAUGGCCUUACCCCCAUUUUAUAGAUUUCAGUUAUAGUAGUGUUCCCCCACUGCUCAAAUGGUCAAUUUUCUGAAUUUUCCCCACGAGGAGGGCUCAGUGCUUCUCACCCAGUUGCCGUAUUCCGUGGGGCAACAAAUGCGUGAAAACGAAGAAUAAUAGUAACAACAGGAAUAGUUAGUCCAAAUCCAAAAGGAGAAUUGAUUCGAAAAAACCGAGAUUUUCCGUGAAGGGAGGCGAAAGGAAAGUCCUCGGAUUCGGGUAAGCAGGUCAGGUGAGAGGCGAGCCGGCAAAAGAAGGUGGGAUGGAGAGGAAGCUGCCCCGAGGCGGGCUGCCCACCGGAUGGAGAGGAAAUCGCGAAUUUCUGGCACAAUGUAGAGAUGAUUUAGAACAAGCCAUUGAAUUUGUACCUCACCGCUCUCUCUCUCGCUCGCUCUCUCUCGCUUUCACCCUCGCUCUGCGUUCUGUCCGGGAGGAGUACGAAGAAGCCAAUAGGAUGCGGGGUCUCUAAUGGAUGCAAAUGAUCAUGAAAAGACAGUGCAAAAUAUGAAACAACUCAUUUGCAGGGAAGUAAAUCACCGAAAACUGUUUAUGAACUGGCAUCCCUUCUUCGAAAUGUAAAGCGAGGACCUCUUUAAGUGGCGGUAUAUUUUUGUUUGGGGGGUGGGGGGUGGGGGGAGGGCGAGCGAGACGCGGCUGCCAUGCGAGCUUAGACUUUUGGAGGCUUCUCUGUUCUUUUCUAUUCCUGGAAAUCACAAAAAGUGUGUAGGCUUCGAGAUCUUCUUCGCCUUUUCUUUCUUUUCUUUUUUUUUCCUCCUCCCUUUCCCUCUCCUUUCCUGGCGAGGGUGACUAGGAGCCGGCGAAUCCGCGUUUUUUUCUCUCUCCCUCCCUUUCCCCCUCCCCGCCCCCUCCCCAACAGCCCCCAACUACAGCCUCCGCCGCCGCCGCCGCCGCCUCAAAAUUCAAUAAAAUGAGCUCUUAUUUCGUCAACUCACUGUUCUCCAAAUACAAAACCGGGGAGUCCCUGCGCCCCAAUUAUUAUGACUGCGGCUUCGCCCAGGACCUGGGCGGCCGACCCACCGUGGUGUACGGUCCUAGCAGCGGCGGCAGCUUCCAGCACCCGUCGCAAAUCCAGGAGUUCUACCACGGGCCGUCGUCGCUGUCCACGGCUCCCUACCAGCAGAACCCGUGCGCCGUGGCGUGCCACGGGGACCCCGGCAAUUUCUACGGCUACGACCCGCUGCAACGCCAGAGCCUAUUCGGUGCGCAGGAUCCAGACCUGGUGCAGUACGCAGACUGCAAGCUUGCCGCCGCUAGCGGCCUGGGCGAGGAGGCCGAGGGCUCCGAGCAGAGCCCGUCGCCCACACAGCUCUUCCCCUGGAUGCGCCCGCAAGCAGCCGCCGGACGCAGGCGAGGCCGACAGACCUACAGCCGCUACCAGACCCUGGAGCUGGAGAAGGAGUUCCUAUUUAAUCCCUAUCUGACUCGCAAGCGACGAAUCGAGGUAUCGCACGCGCUGGGACUGACAGAGAGACAGGUCAAAAUCUGGUUCCAGAACCGGAGGAUGAAGUGGAAAAAAGAGAACAACAAAGACAAGUUCCCCAGCAGCAAAUGCGAGCAGGAGGAGCUGGAGAAACAGAAGCUGGAGAGGGCCCCGGAGGCGGCGGACGAGGGCGACGCACAGAAGGGCGACAAGAAGUAGGCUCCAGCUAGGACUGCCAGGGCCGCGGCCGCCCGCACGUCCGCGGGUCCCGGCCGCGCCGCCGCCGCCUGCCCCCUGCCCGAGAGAGCUCUGGCCCCGCUAGCCGGGCCAGGAGCCGGGCCUCCCACCGCAGCGUCCCCCGCCGCGCCAGUCCCCGCUAGUGGUAGUAUCUCGUAAUAGCUUCUGUGUGUGAGCUACCGUGGAUCUCCUUCCCUUCUCUUGGGGGCGGGGGGGGGGGAAGAAAAGGAUUUAAGCAAGGACUCCCUCGCCCUGUGAGGAUGAGCGGCCAAGGCCCGGCUGAGCCCCCCACGCCCCUUCCCACCCCUUGUAAAAAGCCUUCUUGUGCAAUGGUCUUUUUCCUUUGAACGUGCUUCUUUGUAAUGACCGAGGUACCGAUUUCUGCUAAGUUCUCCCAACAACAUGAAACUGCCUAUUCACGCCGUAAUUCUGUCUCCCUCUCCUCCCUCUCUCUCUCCUCUCCUCUCUCUCUCUCCUCUCUCUCUCUCUCUCUCUCUCUCUCUCUCUCUCUCUCGCUGCGUUCUCAUUCCUCCUCCCAUUCCUCUCUCCCCUCUGCACCCCCCAGCUCGCUGGCUUUCUCUCUGGCUUCUCUCUUUUCCUCCUCCACCCACCCCCUUUGGUUUGACAAUUUUGUCUUAAGUGUUUCUCAAAAGAGAUUACUUUAGUUAGCAUGCGCGCUGUGGGCAAUUGUUAAAAGUGUUCUUAGGUUUACUGUGAAGAGAAUGUAUCCUGUAUCCGUGAAUUGCUUUAUGGGGGGGGAGGGAGGGCUAAUUAUAUAUUUUGUUGUUCCUCUAUACUUUGUUCUGUUGUCUGCGCCUCAAAAGGGCGGAAGAGUUACAAUAAAGUUUACAAGCAAGAACCCGA